AUGUCUUCAGCGCAGAAAGAGAGCAUAGGGUUCUGCGGACUGGGCGCGAUGGGCCAGGGAAUGGCCACCAACCUGCUCAGGCACGGCUACAAUGUUAAAGGCUUUGACGUCUAUCCUCCGUCACUAGCACGCUUUAAAGCCGCAGGCGGCAUACCAGCAUCCUCGUUAGCAGAUUCCGCUGCUGGAAGCACAUACUAUGUUUGCAUGGUAGCCACCGCUGUGCAAGCCCAAUCUGCGCUGUUUGAUGGGGAGAGUGCGAUUGUACCUGCAUUACCACGAGGUGCCACACUCUUCCUCUGCUCCACCGUCCCAGCCACAUACGCCCAAUCCGUCCAAGCCGACCUCGACCGCCUAGGCCGCUCCGACAUCCUCUUCAUCGACUGCCCCGUAUCCGGCGGCGCCGCCCGCGCAGCCGCCGGCACGCUCUCCAUCAUGGCUGGCGGCUCCCCGGCCGCGCUCGAAAAAGGCCACGCCAUCCUCGCCGCCAUGGCCGCCGAGACUAAGCUCUACAUCGUCGAAGGCGGCGCGGGCCAGGGCAGCAACAUGAAGAUGGUGCAUCAGGUCCUCGCGGGGAUCCAGAUUUUGGCUGCGAGCGAGGCCAUGGGGCUGGCGGCACGGAUGGGGCUCGAUCCGAGGAAGGUGAGAGAUAAGGUGCUGGGCUCGGAGGGGUGGAGUUGGAUGUUUGAGAAUCGGGUUGAGAGGAUGUUGGUUGAGGAUUUCUAUCCGGGGGUUAGUGCGUUGACUAUCAUACUGAAGGAUGUGGGAAUCAUCACACAAAUGGCACGCGUCUACCAAUACCCUACGCCGCUGACCUCGGUCGCGGAACAAGUCUAUCUCCAGGGGCUUUCGCAGGGCUUCGGACCGCAGGACGAUGCGGGCAUGGUUCGUAUGUACUACCCCCAGCCUCUGUCCCAGAUGACCGCAACCCUGUCCGGCGAAGACGAGGAGAUCCAACUAAGCAAAAUCGUCCGAAUGCUCGCCGGCAUCCACCUCUGUGCCGCCACCGAAGCGAUAGCAUUCGCUAAACACGUCCGUCUGCCACUGGGACAGUUCUACGAGCUGGCGAACGAUGCCGCGGGCGGUAGCGCCAUGUUCAGACAAGCCGGGGCGGACAUGAUAAAAGCAUUGGAGGGGGAUGAGGCGGUGCUAGACAAGCCGCAGAGGUACUGUCUGGGCGAGGUGGUUGGGCACAUGUUGCAAGUGAAUGAAGAGGCUGCGAAGCUCAAGUGCCCAGUCUACCUGGCUAGUGCGGCUUUGAAUCUCCUUCUACUGGCGCAGCAGGGUGGACGAGAUAAGUGUGCGGAUGCAAGCGUGAUCCGGUUGUGGAAACAAUAA